CAACCGGUCCACUUGCUGCCCUAACUGACAGGCGCAGUUUAACUCGGCGCGAGGCUGAGUAGCAGGUCAACGUCAGUGCAACUCGUCUUUGAAAUCCAUCAGGCUGCCUGCCUGUUGAUUCCUUGUACUCGACCUCGACAACAUUCAGCAUUAUCGCAAGCCAGAUCAAAAGCAUCAACUACUCAUUCCAUAUUAUUCCGUCCAACGUCGAGUCUUUGCACUCUUUCUCUUUCCAUCUCAGCGUCCUAUAUCUGUCCUCUCAGCCCCUUCGUUCGACCCGCCUACACCCUACUCUCCUCUCCAUCCCCCCCAGACGGUCGAAUCCUGUACAGAUUCACCCCCUCCGCCGUCGAAAUGCAACCCAUCGCGAAAUGACGCCGCCUAAUCGUCUUCCACCCUCACAAGUCUUCAAGCGAACCUUCUUUUGACCUCAAUCAAUCGUCCCCAUGGCGAGCUACUCGACUCCUUCCUCCUCACCCCCACCCACUCCUUCCCGCCGGCGCCUGAAGUCUUGUGCCGCAAAAUGUGAACGGGGAUGCUGUGUCGUAGCGACAUAUUUCCCUCUAGCUUUUGUGUAUAGCCUGACAACAUGGGCCGUCUGGGUUCUGGCCACCAUUGGAUUUGGCGACACCGGGUCCAAAAACAUUUGGUGGGCCAUUCAAGCCAUCUCAUUCCUGGGUAUUCUCUUCUAUACCCUGGGCAACAUCUCAUACACCGUCGCCGUAUUCACAGAUCCCGGCUCUCCGAUAAAGACCACCAAAGGGAAGAACCAGGCUAAAUACUCGGUACUCCCGACCACCGAGAGCCAGUCCCACUUAACCAACGUUCAAGGCAUCACCGUCUCGUCAACGGGAGCCCCCCGACAUUGUAAAAAAUGCCAUACUCCAAAGCCAGAUCGAACCCACCAUUGUUCGACCUGUAAGCGAUGUGUCUUGAAAAUGGACCAUCAUUGCCCCUGGCUUGCCACAUGUCUCGGCCUGCACAACUAUAAAGCCUUUGUUCUCUUUCUCAUAUACACCUCCUUGUUUUCGUGGACCUGUUUCUUUAAUUCGGCCUGGUGGAUGUGGAAGGAAUUAUUUGAAAAGAGCGGUUAUCUGGAGGAAUACGCCCCCGUCAAUGUCAUUCUCUUGUCCGUCAUCGCUGGUAUCAUUGGACUGGUAUUAACAGGUUUUACCGGGUGGCACAUAUACCUUUGCAUAAGAGGCCAGACUACGAUCGAAAAGCUUGAAAAGACCAGGUAUUUGAGUGGUGUUCGCAGUCGUGUCGAGCGAAAUCGCCAGGAGCAGCAGCAUUCGGUCCAUCUACGAAGGGAAUCAGAAGGCGUGGCCGAACGCCUGCAACGUGCCGGAGAGCAUAUCCUGGAAUUCCAUGCCAAUGCCGUCCCUGGUGCCACCAGAUACGAAGAAGGUGAAGAACACACCUCUCCGGUUCCUAGCCUCUACAAAUCGACUCAAAACUACCCUCCUUAUCCCCAGCACCCAUCCGCCUAUCCGGAUGACACCCCUGCUGUCCGCGCACUGCGAAGGACAUACUCCAACGUUGAAGCCGACAGAGAGCGUCAAAGAUACAAUGAAUAUCUCGACGAUAGAGAGUCCGAAAAACUUCCCAAUGCUUUUGAUCUUGGUUGGCGCCGGAAUCUCAAUCACUUAUUUGGGCCUAACCCCUUCUUAUGGGCACUUCCCGUAUGCAAUACAACUGGGGAUGGCUGGACGUGGGAGGCCAGUCAGACAUGGAUUGCUGCACAAGAUGCCCUGAGCAGAGAAAGAGAGAGACGUCUAGCACAAGCCGAAAGCCAUGACGUGAUGGCUCAUCAACAUGGCUCAGGAAUCCGAGGUGGUGGGGGCUUUCCAACCUAUGAGCGGCAGCGCGAUUACAUUUCGGACGCUGACCGUCGUUAUCGUUCUUAUGACAGCACACACGAUCAAGAUCCAAACCUGUAUUCCAACAGUGCCAUGUCCAUGCAGACGUACCCACAACAAGAUCAUUUCAAUGCCGAACGAGCAGGAUCUGAACGUGGCCGAAGACGUCAACGUCGCGACUUUGAUGUUACCAACGAUGGAGAAGUCGAAACAUUUGAAGUCAGCAGCGAUGAUAGUGAUGAUUCUGAUUCGGACGUGGCUUACAAUAGUAGAAGCGAUGCCGAAAGAGGCUGGAAAAGGCGGAAUCGAGCACAACGGUUGAGAUAGAAUCCAGGUGUUUACGGCAGCACCGGUUUUCCCGAAAUCGCAGACAUUCGGUGGGAAGGCUGGAUAUGGAAGUGUGUUUGAUAUACCUUCGAUUUGGAUAUGACAUGGAUCUGGAUCCUGGACCAGGUCAAGUAACAACGACGAAACACUGUCGGGCUGCUGGACUAUCCCCAUGAUAUCAUCAUGACUUGACGAAGGUUAAAGGUUGUGGUUGACGAUGUACCUAUAAAUGUACCUAGGCAGCUCUCGCCAUUUCGGUGAUUUGUAAACCUAAGACUUAUC